GGCUUAGGGCCGAGGGGCGCGGGGCGGCUCUCGCGAGAGCGGCGGCCCCCGGCCCCAACAUGGCGGAAGAGGAGGUGGCCAAGCUGGAAAAGCACCUGAUGCUUCUCCGACAGGAGUAUGUGAAGCUGCAGAAGAAACUAGCUGAUACGGAAAGGAGAUGCAAUCUUCUGGCUGCCCAGGCGAACCAAGACAACGCCAGUGACACCUUCAUCAGUCGACUUCUUGCCAUUGUAGCUGAGCUCUAUCAGCAGGACCAGUACAGUGAUCUGAAGAUAAAGGUCAGGGACAAGCACAUCAGUGCUCACAAAUUUGUCUUGGCGGCACGCAGCGAUGCUUGGAGUCUGGCCAACCUUGCCUCGACGGAGGAGCUGGAUCUGUCAGAUGCUGACCCAGAGGUAACCAUGGCAAUGCUGCGCUGGAUCUACACAGAUGAGCUUGAGCUAAGAGAAGAUGAUAUCUUCCUGACAGAGCUUAUGAAACUAGCUAAUAAAUUUCAGCUCCAGCUGCUUAGGGAAAGAUGUGAAAAAGGAGUCAUGUCACUAGUUAAUGUGAGAAACUGCAUUCGUUUCUAUCAGACUGCUGAGGAGCUGAAUGCCAGCACUCUUCUGAACUACUGUGCUGAGAUAAUUGCCAGUCACUGGGAUGACUUGCGUAAAGAAGACUUCAGUAGCAUGAGUGCUCAGCUGUUGUACAAAAUGUUCAAGUCAAAGACAGAAUAUCCCUUGCAUAAGGCUAUUAAAGUGGAGAGAGAAGAUGUAGUCUUUUUGUAUCUUAUCGAAAUGGAUUCACAGCUUCCUGGGAAGCUCAAUGAAUUGGAUCACAACGGAGAUCUUGCUUUGGAUCUAGCCCUUGCCCAAAGGCUGGAGAGUAUUGCAACUACACUGGUCAACUACAAGGCUGACGUAGACAGGGUGGACAAGAGAGGCUGGAGUCUGUUGCAUAAAGCCAUCCAGAGAGGAGAUAAAUUUGCUGCAAACUUUCUUAUUAAAAAUGGUGCCCGUGUGAACGCUGCCACGCUAGGAGACCAGGAGACUCCCCUGCACCUUGUGGCAUCGUACAGCCCUAAGAAGCACUUGCCGGACGUCAUGGCAGAGAUGGCACAGAUUACGGAGUCCCUCUUGCAGGCGGGAGCCAACCCCAACAUGCAGGACAGCAAAGGAAGGACACCCUUACAUGUGUCAGUUGUGGUCAGGAAUGAACCUGUGUUCAGUCAGCUUCUCCAGUGCAAACAACUAGACUUGGAGCUGAAGGAUCACGAAGGAAGUACAGCCCUGUGGCUCGCAGUUCAGUAUAUCACUGUGUCAUCGGAUCAGUCUGUAAACCCUUUUGAGGAUGCUCCUGUUGUAAAUGGAACCUCAUUUGAUGAGAACAGCUUCGCGGCAAGGUUGAUCCAACGAGGGAGCAAUACAGAUGCUCCAGACACAGUAACAGGAAACUGCCUGCUUCAGAGGGCAGCUGGUGCAGGAAAUGAGGCAGCUUCUCUCUUCCUAGCAACGCAUGGAGCAAAAGUCAACCACCAAAACAAAUGGGGAGAAACACCACUGCACACAGCCUGUAGGCAUGGCCUAGCAAGCCUGACAGCCGAACUUCUGCAGCAAGGAGCCAACCCAAACAUCCAGACGGCAGAAGCAGCACUUGGGCAGAAGGAUACAUCUUCUUCAACAGCAGAGAAUGUUUAUCUGCAAACUCCCCUUCACAUGGCUAUUGCUUACAACCACCCAGAUGUCGUGUCAGUUAUCUUGGAACAAAAAGCUAAUGCUCUUCACGCUACCAACAACUUGCAAAUCAUUCCUGACUUUAGUCUAAAGGACUCAAGAGACCAGACUGUGCUGGGAUUGGCUCUUUGGACAGGCAUGCACACAAUAGCAGCUCAGCUGCUUGGCUCUGGGGCAUCCAUCAACGACACCAUGUCAGACGGACAGACUCUGCUGCACAUGGCGAUACAGAGACAGGACAGUAAGAGUGCGCUCUUCUUGCUGGAACAUCAGGCGGAUAUCAAUGUCAGAACACAGGAUGGAGAGACUGCCUUACAGCUGGCUAUCAAAAACCAGCUCCCUCUCGUGGUAGAUGCUAUUUGUACCAGGGGAGCAGACAUGUCUGUGCCAGAUGAGAAAGGAAAUCCUCCUUUGUGGCUUGCCUUAGAAAGCAAUCUGGAAGACAUUGCAUCGACUCUGGUUAGGCACGGCUGUGAUUCAACCUGCUGGGGGUCAGGACCAAGUGGCUGCUUACAAACCCUUCUUCAUCGAGCUAUUGAUGAAAAUAAUGAACAAAUAGCAUGCUUUCUUAUUCGCAGUGGUUGUGAUGUGAAUAGUCCCAGAAAGCCAGGCCCAAAUGGAGAAGGAGAGGAGGAAGCUCAUGAUGGACAGACCCCCCUACACUUGGCAGCCUGCUGGGGACUAGAAGAGAUGAUCCAGUGCCUUUUGGAGUUUGGUGCCAAUGUCAAUGCUCAGGAUGCAGAAGGAAGAACUCCAAUCCAUGUUGCCAUUAGCAACCAGCAUAAUGUUAUAAUCCAGCUUAUGAUUUCACAUCCAGAUAUUAAGCUAAACGUACGGGACAGGCAAGGAAUGACUCCCUUUGCGUGUGCUAUGACAUAUAAAAACAACAAAGCAGCUGAAGCAAUUCUGAAGAGGGAGCCGGGAGCAGCUGAACAGGUUGAUAAUAAAGGUCGGAAUUUCCUACAUGUAGCGGUUCAGAACUCUGACAUUGAGAGCGUGCUGUUCCUGAUAAGCGUACAGGCUAACGUCAACUCCCGGGUCCAGGAUGCCUCCAAACUAACACCUCUCCACCUGGCUGUACAAGCUGGCUCAGAGAUCAUUGUGCGUAAUCUGCUGCUUGCAGGUGCCCAGGUGAAUGAACUGACGAAGCAUCGUCAGACUGCUCUUCACUUAGCAGCGCAGCAAGAUUUGCCCACGAUUUGUUCAGUCCUCCUGGAGAACGGAGUAGACUUUGCCGCUGUAGAUGAAAACGGAAAUAAUGCUCUUCAUCUGGCAGUGAUGCAUGGCCGCCUAAACAAUAUCCGGGUCCUCCUCACAGAGUGCAAUGUAGAUGCAGAAGCCUUUAAUAUUAGAGGCCAGUCACCGAUGCAUAUUUUGGGACAAUAUGGGAAAGAUAAUGCAGCAGCCAUCUGUGACCUCUUCUUGGAGUGUAUGCCGGAGUACCCUCUGGACAAACCGGAUGCUGAAGGAAACACAGUGCUCUUGUUGGCUUACAUGAAGGGAAACGCCAACUUGUGUCGUGCAAUAGUGAGAGCUGGGGCUCGUCUUGGAGUGAACAAUAAUCAAGGAGUCAAUAUCUUCAACUAUCAAGUUGCUACAAAACAGCUGCUCUUUAGGCUGCUGGAUAUGCUGACAAAAGAACCUCCCUGGUGUGAUGGCUCCAACUGCUACGAAUGCACUGCCAAAUUUGGAGUCACGACAAGAAAGCAUCACUGCCGACACUGUGGACGCCUGCUCUGCCAUAAGUGCUCAACAAAGGAGAUUCCUAUCAUAAAAUUCGAUCUGAACAAGCCAGUUCGAGUCUGCAACAUCUGCUUUGAUGUCCUGACUCUGGGAGGAGUCUCCUAGUUUGCUGUGCAAGUAAAGGGAUUCCAGUCAGUGCUCCUGACAGCAGCUCUGCUUACAAGCCCUCUGGAUAGGGAAGAGGAGGCCUAUAUGUGUCUUCUGCAAUAGACUGAACUAAUUAAGGACCCUGUUAAGAUAUAUUCUGGUAUACAUGACUUUGUAUGACUGUAAAUGUAUUGGGCUGUGAUAGACUUCACUAGGAAUUCGAGUGGAUCAUGGAAACCAAGUGACAAAAGAAUUCAGACCCUCUUCUAGUUGCAGUGGGGUAUGGAAGCUAGAAUUGUUAGGCUGAUGUUUGAGUCGAUGUGAAACAGGAUGGUCCUUGACAUGGUACUUUGCACUGAGCAACUCUGUUAAGUCCUGUGGCUUUCAGGCUGCUUAGUAGAGAUGGCGUUAAGUUUCAGGGUAUCUUUCUUUGCUUUGUCUUAAAGAUAAACGUUCCCUUUCUUUAGAGAAGACUUCUUGUGAAGCUAGGCUGAGCUGUGGCAACCACUGUUCACUUCAAGAAACUCUUCAGAGCUGGGGGCAGUUCUAAGCAUAGCGCAAGAAUUGUGGCCUUACAACAGAAAGCUUUACAACAUCUGAUGCAAAGCAGUCAGAAUUGCAGAUCCGCAUCCUGAUACCUCCUCAGUAAGUGUCUUGUUAGCUUUAGCAUGUUCAAGAGAAGUGCAACAUGGUUUUAGCCAGUAAUUACUCUUGCUCAUUCCUGCUAGAGCUGUCAAAGUCUCUGUUGCACUUUCAUUUUUACGUUGCUAGUCCUUCUGAUUCAUGGAACUUGUGUAAAUGACCCUAAGUGUGCUGGAAGGCUGAAGCGUACACGAAAUGGAAAAACACUAGAACUGAUUAAGGAGUCUAACUCACAAUACAGCAAUAACUGCUGAAGUGCAUUAUCAAUCCCAUGAGGGAGAGUAGCACUUUCCUUUGGUUAAAGACCCUGGUUAACUGCUGCAGGACAGCCGGGAACCCUGCAAGCGCAGAACGGGCUGCACCUCCAGACACGCACUGGGUCCAGUGUCAGCAGGGUUGCUGGUGAGUGGGAGCGUGUUUGGAGGCUUCCUAGUAUUGCUGAGACUGGCUUUGAAGGAAGGAUUCUGAGCUGGCAGUGUAGUGCCAGGCAUUUGGAUUUGAUCCAUAAUGUUUUAAUGUAGGCUGGCUGUGCUCUCUUAAACAUGCUGAAUCUGUACAAAAUCCAACACCACGUUGUCCAGGUAAACAGGAAAACACUUUGCUGGUAGACAGGGCUCUGGUUUGGUGAGCAGAGGCUUCGGUCAGAAAAAAAUGUGUACCGAGGCAAAACUACAUGCCACGUUAAUGCUGUUUUCAUCCCAAGAGCUAAACUUAGUUUAGACUCAGCUUUGCAUUCCUCAUCUCUACUCUAUGAACUGGCGAGUGUUUAUUUAAUGACUGUUAUCUCCAGCGCACACCUUGGACGAGAGGCGACACAUUGCCCUGUCUGGGAUGGUGACUUGUCAGUCUUGCAGUAAGUUGAGAGGACAAACCCUGCUGCUAUUGUGGGGGACCUGCCUGAGGUUUUUCUCAAUCUUGUACAAGAAAAGGAUGGGAGAGGGUAUAAUUGCUGAUGUUUGCACGAUGGAUUUCACAUCAAGUCUCACUUGAUCUGCACCUUGAUCUUCCAAUACGCAUCUGUUAUAACUGGAAUCUCGUUCACCCUUGUAACACUAGAGAAUAAUGGAUGGUAACUCAAAUUUGCCUCGCUGUUUAAUGCCUGCUGCUGUCGUGUCCCAACAGAGUGCCCUGGGUGACACAACUGGUCACUAACACAGUUGCUAACACAAAUGGUGCAUCUCUGGCAUAAUAUUUUAGGUGAAUGAGGUGGAAAUAAUGGUGUCUAAAGCAUUAACUGCAAACUACAGUUUGUUUUUUUGAGUGAAAUAGAUGAUGGAAGCCACUGUCCUAGUGCCCUGCUUUCUGAUGUUUCAGAGCAUCACUGGUUGUGAGUCACUAGCAGUGAAAGAUAAUGAUGGAGAGAGAAUGCAUUUGGUGAAAGAAGCCUUGACUCUAGAGUAUCCCAUGAUAACGUGUUGGCUUCCUUCUUGGUCUGGAGCUCCAGUGCUGUGGAGUGGUGAGUAUGUGCCCAGAGUACCGAGAGGUGGUGGAACUAGAGUGUUCUUCCAAGGCCACAGCUUAUGGACUUGGCCUGAACUGGGAAGCUGCACAGCAGGUAAUGGUUAAAGCAUUUCAACAUUGCUUUUCAGGGACUUCCCCAAUGCAAGGGGCCGGGGAACAGGGGCGUAGUUCUAAUGGCUCAGGCUUUUUAAAUGAUGACAAAUUGGGGUCUUGUGGAAAUGCGGUUUAGCUGAACGGCAAGUGUAAGGCUGGCUGGUUGUUCUCUUUAGAAGUGGAAUACAAAUUCUAACUGCCUGAAGCUUUGGGAAAUGGUAUGUGAUGCUCCUACUUUGCUGUUUGCAGCCAGCACUGUACCAGCUUUCUCACUGAAGUCUGAAAGGAAAGUUAAGAUGAUUGAUAAACCGAUGCGUGUCCUGAAACGUUCAUUAGAUUUACAGCAACUAAGUUCAACAGAUUUGAUCAUUUUAAAGUGCCUUUGAGAUAGUUUCCUUCCAGCCAACUCUAAACAGCUUUCUGCCAGAGUUCAAAGGGAAAAGCUCACAACUCAAACCAAAACCCACGCUAGUUCUCUUCUUGUUCCUCCACUGAAAAGCCUGACCCCACCAAACCACUGCUGGGGCUCUGUCCUUUGUGCAUUCUGCCUGGUGUUGGUCUGCACUCUCGGAUGCUCAA